AUGCGAACCCAGAAGCUUGUGAGGUUGGCGGCACUGCAGCAUCUCCGAACCACCUAUGGUAUAAGGAUCAAGAGCUCUCGAGCGGAGGUAGAAUUCAACUGGCAGGAGUCAGCAAAUGAAGAUAAGGGAAAACUGUUUGGAGUACCAAUUUCUGAACUACCCCACUCAUUUGUUCCAGGAUAUGGAAAUAUUCCAAGCUUUCUUGUUGAUGCUUGCACAUGUUUGGAAAAAUAUGCUCAUAUUGAGGGGCUUUUUAGGAAAUCUGGAUCAUGUAUCUGUCUGAAAGCACUGAGAGCUGAUGAGAAUAUAAUGGAUAGCGGUAAUCUUGCAGUAAUACUUGCUCCAAACCUCUUUCAGUCAAGUGAUGGUCAGGAAAAAAUGUCAGCCAACACAGAAAAAAAACUUCGACUUCAAAGUUUAUCUUAGAAAAGGUUCCAGUCAUUUUGGGUCUUGAUGGAAGUGGUGACAUUCUUGGAUGUGGCUGUAGACUUCACCUGGAGGGAGUGGUGCCUCUUGACCCCUUCCCAGAAGGAGCUGUACAAGGAGGUGAUGCUGGAGAAUAUCCGAAACCUGCUCACUGUGGCACUGACUGACCAGUUGAGAAACAGAAUUGCGAACAAUGAGGAGUACUUGAGUUCUGCAGUGGAAGAGGCACAGACUAACCAGAGUGGACAGUACACGAGGUUUAUAGGAGGUUCAGGGAGUGAGGAGCAGUUCCCAGAGAAGUCAUGCUCUCUUAUCCUGAUCAAAGGGAAGCCCCAUGGAUGCUUGAGCAAGAAGAUGGGAGAAACUGCCAUUCAGGGUAACCCAGGAAUGGGACUAUUACUCAGGUGUAGUGACAGCCAAGGAGAGUCUGUUGAUGCCUGUGAGCAUGAAUAG